AUGGUAGUCAACUCAGUCCACAGUUCGAAACCGACACCGUCGGGUGUAGUUUUCGAAUCUCCCGCGAAUCCGAGCUCUUCCAUUGAUCGCCAGUUCUCGUUCUACCGUCCCCGUCCGUUCGUGUUCACCAUGUACUCUCCGAGCUACAAUCCAUAUUAUGGACCGUCCCAUCCAGGGGGGCCCGUGUCAGCACCGGGACCGUAUCCGGUGUACUCGGCAGCCGAUAGCUCCCAAGGCCACGGUGCCAAGUAUGGACCACCUCCCAGCGGAUCCGGCUACGGUGGGGGAAGUGGCCAUGGUGGUAGUUCUUAUGGACCACCUUCCGGAGGGUACGAAUAUCAUCCUGCACCACAUCCACCACAUCCACCACAUCCACCGCACCCACCGCAUCCAAUUCCGAUUCAUAUCUCCAAACCUAAAUCAAAGAAGGGUAAGGGAGCAGCACUGUCCGCGCUGACCCUGUUGGCAUUUCUCUACUUUUUGAAUAUGCUGCAAAGUUGCCUCAAGGAACACAUGGACACGAUGAACCCAACUAUAAUGGUGAUGACUGCCGGUGCAACUCGCCGAAAGGAUGUCGAUGAGGUGUUGGUGAACGAAAAGGACGAAAUGCUAGGAGAGUACGACGCCAACGGGGAUGGCUACGAGGCAAUUGACGGUAAGUAUCAUCUGCUGACGACAAGUGCCAAUCGGACGCAAAGUUUCGGCAACGGUGGAAAGCAGAUCUAUAGGAUUCGGAAAGCGGGUACAUCUGACCAGCGGCAUCGCGAUGUGGAUGGUGAAGUGAUCUACUAUGAUUACUAUUGA